ACAAAACGGAAGUUAUUCAACUGUCAACCUUCACUGACGUUCGUUCUUUUUCCGGCAUCUCCACCAGUGUCGAGCACACAUUCGAUUUUGCUGCAACCUAAACAAUGUCUAAAAGAGGACGUGGAGGAUCCGCGGGAGGAAAGUUCCGCAUCUCGCUUGGUCUGCCCGUUGGAGCUGUUAUUAAUUGCGCUGACAAUACAGGUGCCAAAAAUCUGUAUGUUAUCGCCGUUCAUGGAAUCCGUGGCCGUCUGAACCGUCUACCCGCCGCCGGCGUCGGAGACAUGUUCGUCGCUACCGUCAAAAAGGGUAAGCCAGAGCUGCGGAAAAAGGUUAUGCCUGCAGUGGUGAUUAGGCAGCGAAAACCCUUCCGCAGGCGGGAUGGUGUGUUCCUUUACUUUGAGGAUAAUGCGGGUGUUAUAGUAAAUAACAAAGGUGAAAUGAAAGGCUCUGCUAUCACCGGUCCCGUGGCGAAGGAAUGUGCUGAUCUAUGGCCGCGUAUCGCGUCGAAUGCUGGUUCAAUAGCGUAAGUGUUAGGAAGCCGGAAUGGACAUUACUUUUUGUCUUUGGAUGUGUUAUGAAACUCCCAACAUCAACGGAGUACCGUACGGAAUAAAACCACAGAGAGCAGAGAGAAAAUAUCA